CUGAUAUGAUGCGACUGUCCGCUAAACAGGGCGGAUAGAGCUGCGUAGUAAAAAAUUAAAUCCAUUUUAUUGUAAAACACCAGACGAAAAUGUCGACCUACCAAGAAUUUAUUCAUCAAAAUGAAGAUAGGGAUGGUAUACGAUUUAGUUGGAAUGUUUGGCCAUCAAGUCGUCUUGAAGCUACUCGAAUGGUUGUGCCCGUGAGCUGUUUGUACACACCAUUGAAAGAGAGGCCAGACUUACCUCCAAUCAUGUAUGAUCCUGUCGUCUGUUCAAGAGGAAAUUGCCGUGCUGUACUCAAUCCAUUAUGCCAAGUAGACUUCAAUGGUAAAGCCUGGAUUUGCAACUUUUGUUUCCAACGAAAUGCUUUCCCUCCGCAUUAUGCUGGUAUCACUGAACAGCAUCAACCAGCUGAAAUUAUUCCACAGUUUUCAACGAUAGAGUAUACUUUACAAAAGCAAACAACUGGUCCAUUGAUCUACUUAUUGGUUAUUGACACGUGUCUUGAUGAUGAAGAUUUAAAUGCUUUAAAAGAAUCACUACAGAUGUCACUCAGCUUGCUCCCACCCAAUGCUUUAAUUGGGCUGAUAACUUUUGGACGUAUGGUGAAUGUUCACGAGCUGGGCUGUGAGGGAAUCUCUAAAAGUUAUGUAUUCAGAGGAAACAAAGAGAUUUCUGCAAAGCAACUUCAGGAAAUGCUUGGAUUAGGAGGUCAACGAAGACAGCAGCCACAACAACAAAGAGGACCAGUGAGCCCUAACCAACCAGCUGAAAUUCAAAACAGAUUUUUGCAACCUGUGCACAAAUGUGAUAUGGAUUUAACAGAUUUACUUGGUGAGUUGCAAGCUGAUCCAUGGCCUGUUGCUGCAGAUAAAAGACCACUUCGUUCGUCUGGCACUGCUCUAAAUAUCGCUGUCAGUUUACUUGAGUGUUGUUAUCCAAACACUGGUGCAAGAAUUAUGGCUUUCCUUGGUGGACCAUGCACCCAAGGACCUGGUAUGGUUAUUGACUACGAGUUGAAGAAUGUCAUUCGUUCACAUCACGACAUUGAAACUGAUAACACCCCAUACAUGAAGAAAGCAACUCGAUAUUAUGAAACAUUGGCCCAACGUGCUGCAAACAAUGGACAUACUAUUGAUAUGUUUGUCUGCAAUCUCGAUCAAAUUGGUCUCCAAGAAAUGAGAUCGUGCGUUAACAAUACUGGAGGUUACAUGUUCAUGGGAGACGCUUUUGAUACUGCCCUGUUCAAGCAGUCGUUUCAACGUGUUUUUUCUAAAGACAGUAAAGAUGAAUUCAAGGCUGCUUAUGGUGCAAGUAUUGAAGUAAAGACUUCAAAAGAAUUAAAAGUGUCUGGUUGUAUUGGAAAUUGUACAUCGUUGGAAAAAAAAGGAGCAAACAUCUCAGAAACGGAAAUUGGAAUUGGGAAUACAACGGCUUGGAAAGUUAGUGGUCUCGACCUAAACACAACAAAUGCGUUUUUCUUUGAGGUUGCAAACUCACACACUGCACCUAUACCACAAGGUGGGCGAGGUUGUAUCCAGUUCAUCACUCAGUACCAACAUUCAAGUGGACAACGCCGCGUGCGUGUGACCACGUGCGCUCGCAACUGGGUCGAUUCUGCUAAUUUACAUUUUAUACCGGCAAGUUUUGAUCAGGAAGCAUCCGCUGUAUUGAUGGCACGAGUUGCUGUGCACCGUUGCGACACUGACGAUAACGCGCAAGAUGUUUUGCGAUGGUUAGAUAGAAUGUUGAUUCGUUUGGUGCAAAAAUUUGGCGAGUAUAAUAAAGACGAUCCGAAUUCGUUUCGAUUAGCGGAAAACCUCUCUCUCUACCCACAAUUCAUGUUUCAUCUCCGUCGCUCACAAUUUUUACAAUAUUUCAACAACAGUCCCGACGAGACCGCAUUUUAUAGACACACCCUAAAUAAAGAAGAUGUUACUAAUUCAUUAAUCAUGAUCCAACCAAUCCUAUAUUCGUAUUCUUUCCAUGGUCCACCAGAACCUGUUCUACUCGAUUCAAGCAGUAUAACACCAGACACGAUUCUUUUGCUGGAUACCUACUUUUUAGUUCUUAUUUAUGACGGCGAGACGAUAAAUGCUUGGAAGAAACAAGGUUACCAGGAUGACCCGGCGCAUGAGAACUUUAGGCAAUUGAUUCAAGCACCUUUAGAUGAUGCCCAAGAAAUAUUACAAAGUAGAUUUCCCGUUCCACGAUAUGUUGAAACUGCUUAUGAUGGUAGUCAAGCUCGUUUCCUGUUGUCACGUGUUAAUCCAAGUCAGACACAUAAUAAUAUGUAUAUGAUGGGCGGUGGUGGCGACGCUGGUUCCGCUAUUUUAACCGAUGAUGUUAGUUUGCAAGUCUUCAUGGACCAUUUGAAGAAACUGGCUGUUUCAUCUGCGUCGUAAUUUUUUAUGGAGAUACACGCUUUUUUAUAUAAGCAACAUCUUUAGCAACAUUAGGCGCAAAUCCUUCAAAAAAAGAAGCAACAGCCAGAAUGGCAGGGGUUACUGAGACAAACGACAGGGUUUGUUUUUUUCCAAGUAGAGAGUAAACAAGCAACAAGUGAGCCUGUUUGGUACAGAAAGUUUACUCAUAUUUAGCCGCAGACAAAAUUUUGUGUUGCUUAUAAAAAAAGGCGUGCGUGGCAGAUGUAUGUAAAAAAGAAUGGUGUAAGGUGAUCUAAAUCUAAAAUAUUUGUUAUUCUAUAUCCAAAAUAUAUGUUUUUAGUUUUUA